AAUGUUUAACAAAGACAGCCAAAUAAGAUACCCCGUAAAAGUUUUACCUAAAAUUGGCUUUCAAAUGACGCAUGGAGCUAACAUUCCUAAUAAUGUUUUGGCUUUGGUUUAUAAUGAACUAAAUUUGUGUAUGUUUUUAUUAAUUAUAAGUGAAGGUUUUGAAGUACUACGAAGGACAUGUUUGUAAUUAUGCCAAAAGGCAUAUUUGUAAUUUUGUCAAAAAUUGCACUAAUAAUAAUAUGUAUACAACACUCACAUAUCAUGUUGCUUUAUUGUUAGUCACGUGGUUGCUCUUUUAGUUCUUGACCAUUCCUUUGUUUCACUUUUACAUUGUGGAGGAAAAAAAGGGUCUGCCUUCUUUCAUCCAUCUGCAUAGCCUUUGGUUCGUCGAGAGAAGAUCAGUCAAAGAAUGAAGCUUUUGAAAAAUCUUGUACCAUGAUGUAACAAGGUUACUGAAAAAACACUAAUGCUCGAUGAAAUUACAAGCUAUGUCCAGGCACUUCAACACCAAAUUGAGUUUUUAUCCAUGAAGUUGGCAUUAGUAAACCCAAGAAUGGACUUUCACAUAGACAGUCUCCUUUACAAAGAAAUAUCUCAACCAAAUGUCUCCUUGCACCAACAUGUAUUACCAUUGGAUGGACAUGGCAAAAAUCUUACUCAAGGAGAAUACCUGACCCUAACUAGAGAUAAGAUGAGUGGAGAAGAAAUGAUUUCCUAUGAGCUUGCUACACAUUACUCACAUAGUGCGUUUUUCAAUGAAUUCCAAGCUGAGUUAUUGCUGCAAAAUUUGAGAGUGUAAUUGUAGCAUAGCAAGUUCAACAAUGUAACUUUAAAACUUCAUUUUGCAAAUAAAUGUACAUAUAACAACCGUAAAAUUACUUUUGCCACAAUGUUAGAUCUCAUUAAAAUUGAAUCAAGAAAGAUCUACAAUCAUAUUUAAAAAAUGCUCAUGCAGUACAUAGGCACAAACUAUCUAGUAUGUUGUUAUUUUUGCAAAUUUAUGGGCACAAGGCCCUUUUAUUAAAAAACUGACUAUUUACAAGACUGGACUAAAAAGUGGCCCUGUCCAAGCAAUAAAAAAAGUAAGACAUCAAUCGAUGAGAUAUGCUAUUAAAAAGGAUAAACUAGUUAUUCAAUUAGGUGAGAGUCCUUCAAGUCUUAAAAAUAGAAUAAAAGAAACAAAUCUUUUCAUUUUUUUUUUAAAACAUUUUCGCUCCAACAACUAAAAAAAUUAUCUCAACAACUAUCAAAGUUGUUCGAUAAUUAUCAAAGUUGUUCGAUAACUUUGUAAAGUUAUUCGACAACUAUGCAAAAUUAUUGAAUACUUUUGAUAGUUAUUGAGACAACUAAUGCAGUUGUCGCACAACUAUCUUAAUUGUCAGUGGCGGACCCAAGAUUUUAGGGUUGUGGGUGCUAAUUUUUUUUUUUAACAUAAUUUGCUAACGAUGACAUAAUAUAAAUAUAUAACUAUUUAAAUGCAACAUUAAAAUAAAAGUACAAUUAAUAUUACCAUUGUCAAAAAAAGGCUUUCAGUCACAAGUUUCAUACAAUCAUAACUGUGCUCGACGACUUUUCAUAUUUUGAAAACGAUGAAUAAAGCAUCAUUACUUAUAGUUGCAAAUAUCUUACGCUCUACAUAGAAAACUAAACAACCAUUUAAAAAUUCAUCACCCAUGUUGUUGCGGAGUUCAUUUUUGAUGUAGUUCAUGAAAGUGAAAGCUCGUUCCACGGAAGCAGUAGCAACAGGAAGAAUAAGAGUCAACUUGAUGAGCAAAUAAAUAAGAGGUCAGGUCUGAUGCAAUUCUGAUUCAACCAAUACUUUAGCAAGAUCAGUAAUUCCCUUUGAUCUUGGGUGUAUUUAUCCUCCUAAGCCCCAU